AAAGUUUUGAGUUCUGCUGCAUGACUUCUGUCAGGUGCUGUGUCGUUUUGAUACAUUUUAAAUCAUUUCUAGCUGUGCAAAAUGGGUCGCAAGGUGACAUUGGCGACUUGCUCAUUGAAUCAGUGGGCGCUGGAUUUUGACGGCAACUUGGGAAGAAUACUUAAGAGUAUUGAAAUUGCCAAACAGAAAGGAGCCAAGUACAGACUGGGGCCAGAACUAGAAAUCUGUGGCUACGGUUGUGCAGACCACUUCUAUGAGUCCGACACUUUACUCCAUUGCUUCCAAGUUCUGAAGUCUCUCUUGGAAUCUCCAUUGACCCAGGACAUCAUCUGUGAUGUGGGCAUGCCUGUAAUGCAUCACAAUGUUCGAUAUAAUUGCAGAGUCAUUUUCUUGAACAAAAAGAUACUAUUCAUCCGUCCUAAAAUGCUUUUGGCAAAUUAUGGCAACAACAGGGAAUUCCGAUGGUUUUCACCUUGGAGUCGACCUCGAUAUGUCGAGGAGUACUUUUUACCAAGGAUGAUCCAAGAUGUAACAGAACAGUCCACAGUGCCGUUUGGAGACGUGGUUUUGUCCACUAUAGACACCUGCAUAGGCAGUGAGAUUUGUGCCGAGCUGUGGAACCCAAGGAGUCCACAUGUUGAUAUGGGUUUAGAUGGUAUUGAGAUCUUUACCAAUUCAUCUGCAAGCUACCAUGAGCUCCGCAAGGCUGAUCACAGGGUGAACUUGGUCAAAUCUGCCACCACUAAGAGUGGAGGGAUCUACAUGUUUGCCAAUCAGAGGGGCUGUGAUGGAGACCGGUUAUACUAUGACGGCUGUGCUAUGAUUGCUAUCAAUGGAGAUAUUGUGGCCAGAGGAGCGCAGUUCUCUCUUGAGGAUGUAGAGGUUGUCACAGCAACUCUUGAUCUGGAAGAUGUGCGCAGUUAUCGAGGAGAGAGAUGUCAUCCUCAUAUGGAAUAUGAGCACAAACCUUAUCAGAGGAUCAAAACAGACUUUUCUCUGUCUGACUGUGAUGAUAGAUGUUUGCCCACACACCAGCCUGUGGAGUGGAUUUUCCACACGCCAGAAGAAGAGAUCAGUCUUGGUCCUGCCUGCUGGUUAUGGGACUACUUAAGGAGGAGCGGACAGGCUGGUUUUCUUCUUCCUCUCAGUGGUGGUGUGGACAGUUCAUCCAGUGCUUGUAUUGUGUACUCCAUGUGUGUGCAAAUAUGUCAGGCUGUUGAGCAUGGCAACUGUCAGGUGUUGGAGGAUGUUCAGCGGGUGGUCGGAGACUCGUCCUACAGGCCUCAGGACCCGCGAGAGCUGUGUGGACGCCUCUUUACCACAUGCUACAUGGCUAGUGAAAACUCUUCUGAAGACACCCGAAACAGAGCCAAAGAUCUCGCUGCUCAGAUCGGCAGCAAUCACCUGAACAUCAAUAUUGACAUGGCAGUAAAAGCCAUGCUGGGAAUCUUUUCUAUGGUCACAGGGAAGUGGCCUCAGUUCCGCGCAAAUGGAGGAAGUGCCAGAGAGAACCUGGCACUUCAGAACGUCCAGGCUCGUAUCAGGAUGGUUUUGGCCUACCUUUUUGCCCAGCUCUGUCUGUGGGCUCAGGGAAAAACUGGUGGUCUUUUAGUUCUUGGAUCAGCUAAUGUGGAUGAGAGUUUGACUGGAUACUUCACCAAAUACGACUGCUCCAGCGCUGAUAUCAAUCCCAUUGGAGGAGUGAGUAAGACAGACCUGAAGGGCUUUCUGGAGUAUUGUGUAAAACGCCUUCAGCUCACCUCACUUAUAGG